AAGCGUUAAACAUUUUAGUUUUAAUAUUUUUUUAAGAGAUUUAGCAGUGGUUUUCUGUUCUUCAAAUUAUGUGACAAAUGAUUAAACAUACAGUAUUCAGUGUCUGUAUAGUUGUAUCUUUGAUAGAAUAAGUGUCAGAACAUGUAAAUAGUAUCAGGUGAUUGAAGUCAUUAAUUGUGUCGAACCGCAGUUCGCGAUAUAGACUUUUCUUUUUCAUAUUUCCAUUUUAUCAUUGUUUUUAUGUAACAACAAGUGUAUGUUUACAAAGAUUACUGAAUUAAUGUUAGUUAAUCACUUAUGAUUAUUCUAGUUGACCUUGCUUUAAACAUUAAUAAAUGUAUUAGACUUAUGUAGUACAAAUAGAAAUAUCAACAAUGUCAGAAAAAAUUCCUACUAAUCAACCACAACCUAUCGUUAAGAUAGGUCAUUACACACUUGGACAAACAUUAGGUGUUGGUACAUUUGGUAAAGUAAAAAUUGGAGAACAUGUUUUAACAAAACAUAAAGUUGCUGUAAAGAUUUUGAAUCGUCAGAAAAUUAAAAGUUUAGAUGUGGUUGGAAAAAUUCGAAGAGAAAUACAAAAUCUUAAGCUUUUUAGGCAUCCUCAUAUUAUUAAACUGUAUCAAGUAAUAAGUACACCUACAGAUAUAUUUAUGAUAAUGGAGUAUGUAUCAGGUGGAGAGUUGUUUGAUUAUAUUGUGAAACAUGGCAAAUUGAAAGAAUACGAGGCAAGAAGAUUUUUCCAGCAGAUUAUCUCUGGGGUUGAUUAUUGUCACAGACACAUGAUAGUUCAUCGUGAUUUAAAACCUGAAAAUCUUCUCUUAGAUCACAAUCUACAUGUAAAAAUAGCAGAUUUUGGCUUAUCAAACAUGAUGAUGGAUGGAGAGUUCUUACGUACUUCUUGUGGUUCUCCUAAUUAUGCAGCACCAGAAGUAAUUUCAGGUAAACUGUAUGCUGGACCUGAAGUUGAUAUCUGGUCUUGUGGAAUAAUACUUUAUGCUCUGUUGUGUGGUACAUUACCCUUUGACGAUGAACAUGUACCGACACUCUUCCGUAAAAUUAAAUCUGGAGUCUUUCCCAUCCCAGAGUACCUGAAUAAAAGUGUUGUAAGCCUUUUGUGUCACAUGUUGCAAGUGGAUCCUAUGAAAAGGGCAACCAUUGAAGAUAUCAAGAAACAUGAAUGGUUUCAAAAGGAUUUGCCUUCGUAUUUAUUUCCAUCACCUGUUGAACAAGAUUCUUCUGUAAUUGAUAUCGAUGCGGUAAAUGAGGUUUGUGAAAAAUUCAAUGUAAAAGAAGCAGAAGUUCAUUCAGCGUUAUUAGGUGGAGAUCCGCACGAUCAAUUGGCAAUUGCGUAUCAUUUAAUAAUAGACAAUAAACGAAUCGCAGACGAGGCUGCUAAGGCCGAGUUAAAAGAUUUUUACGUAGCCUCUAGUCCGCCUCCAGUUGCUUUUAGUCCGAAUGAUGCAAAUAGCAGCCCUUUGAGACCGCAUCCAGAAAGAAUAGCACCAUUCCGAGAACGACAGAGCUCUCUAGGAAGUACAUCGUCUCAGAUGCAAGGUCCUCGUGGUACUCCAGUAAAACGAGCCAAGUGGCAUUUAGGAAUCCGCUCACAAUCUAAACCUAAUGACAUCAUGAAUGAAGUUUAUCGCGCUAUGAAAGCUCUCAAUUUUGAAUGGAAAAUCAUAAAUGCCUAUAGUGUCAGAGUCCGUCAGAAAAAUAACAUAACUGAUAGGUAUAGCAAGAUGUCGUUGCAACUUUAUCAAGUUGAUUAUAAAAGUUACUUAUUGGAUUUUAAGUCUUUAUCGAAUGAAGAAGAAGAUAUUGGACGAGAUCCUACACUUCCGCCACCUCAAGCGACCGGUCACCAUACAAUGGAAUUUUUUGAAAUGUGUGCAGCAUUAAUCACGCAAUUAGCACGAUAAAUUUGCUGCAUGAUAUGAGUCAUCAUUUUUUAGAAUUAUGUUAAUAUUGUGUUUUAUUUCUCGUUGUACAUACUCUGUGCAACAUGUAUCAUGCGAUUCAUAUGAUAAAGGGGUCAUUUGGAAAGAAUGAGUAACAGUUUUACAAAGAAGACAGAAGAAAAAUAAUAAACCUGUAGAAAGUGAA